AUGGCACAGGAUAAAUGUUGGUUUGUCCUCCGACAAGCACACUAUCCCGCUCCCAAGUAUGCGGCAACCAAUAUGGCUCGAGGAAAGGCAGAAGGCCCCAUACAGCUAGGGCACAUCAUCCCACGGCUCAAAGACAUAGACCAGGUCAUCAACUCUUCCGGGCCCCACCCGCUGCCCAGAGAUGUGCGAAUUUGGCCGACGGUUGACAAGAACUUCAACUGGACCGAGACCCGAGAUUCGGAGACAAAUGCCAAGACUGCGGCCAGUAUCCCACUUCUUUCAGCGCCGGGCUUGUCGGCUCAGGGAGACAUACAGCUUGCUUUCAAGAAGACUGUCAAUAACUUUGCACAGUUCGACAGAUUGGAUAGACAAAUUAUUCAGCCUACAAAGACGUACAUUGAUCAAAGCCUAAGAUCACGCCAGGUUUCAGAUUAUAUCGAAGAACACAAAUCAUCGAUCCUGGAGUUGUCUGCGUGGAAGCUGUACAUGAUAUCCGGCAUCAUAAUCGCGAGAGGAGGCAGCACAGAACGUGUUGAAAAACAGGAUUCCCGGGUGAAUGUGGGACCAAAAGUAGCUAUCUCUCGGUUAGCCACUGCGGAGGCGACAAUACGGUCAUCGUCGUCCAACGGCUCUUCUAUAGCAGGAGAGCACGUCACAGAUUUUGUGUGGGCGGUGCGUCUUACGGAGAUCAAAAAGUCAUUCUUGGAUUCUUCUGCACAGCAGAGCAUCGUCACUAAAGGGGCUACAUUCGGAGUAGAUUCUGGAGAUGUUGAUGUGGACAAGGUCAUGGCGGACAUAGGAGAUCACAGCUUGGAAGUCGUGGAGUAUGAGGUAUCAGACACAGAGGAGUCUCUGCUACUUUUUAUUCCCAAAUAG